AGUGUGCAGCGGACAGAGGUGUUUGUUCUCUGAAUUUCUUGUGUUUCCUCGCUCCCCCGAACUUGUUUCUCUGUUCGUCCCGAAAAGUGUCUCUGAAGAGCCAUGGAGGACGUGACAGGAGCGCAGCUGAUUGCCGAGUCUUUAAAGGCCCAGAAUGUGGAGUACAUGUUUGGGAUAGUUGGUGUUCCUGUUAUUGAAGUGGCCAUGGCUGCUCAGGCUGCUGGCAUCAAAUAUGUGGGAAUGCGCAACGAACAAGCGGCAUGCUACGCAGCCUCCGCCAUUGGUUACCUCACUGGGAGACCCGGUGCCUGCCUCGUGGUAUCUGGACCUGGAUUAAUUCAUGCGCUGGGUGGAAUGGCUAACGCUAACAUGAACUGCUGGCCUGUUGUUGUUAUCGGAGGAUCCUCCGAUAGAAACCAAGAAACAGCAGGAGCAUUCCAGGAGUUUCCUCAGGUGGAAGCGUGUCGCCUUUAUAGCAAGUUCUCUGCGAGACCAAGCAGUCUGGCAGCCAUACCCUCCGUGAUAGAGAAGGCAGUUCGCACUAGCAUGUAUGGGCGUCCAGGUGCUUGUUAUGUGGACAUCGCAGGGGACAUGGUCAAUGCUAAGGUGGAAAGGAGCACAGUCAGACUUGUUUCCUGUUGUCCACCUCCUCCAGUGAGUUUGGCCGACCACAGUGCAAUCACUGAGGCCAUUUCUGUCUUGAAAGCGGCUAAAAGACCCUUAGUCGUAAUUGGCAAAGGAGCAGCUUAUGGUCAAGCAGAAAUUGCUCUUAAGGGGUUUGUGGAAAUGACUGGUUUACCUUUCCUGCCCACCCCGAUGGGUAAAGGAGUGCUGCCUGAUGAUCACCCCAACUGUGUGGCUGCUGCCCGCUCAAGAGCUCUUCUCCAGGCUGAUGUCGUACUUCUGCUUGGAGCCAGACUCAAUUGGAUUCUGCAUUUUGGUCUGCCACCAAGAUUUGACCCUGAGGUCAAAGUCAUCCAGGUUGACCUUUGUGCUGAGGAGAUGGGAAACAAUGUUAGGCCUGCUGUUGCUCUCCUAGGAGACAUCAAUGCUAUUGUCAUUCAGCUUCUGACGUGUGUUCGUAAAGAUGUCUGGAAAUAUCCCCCCGAUACAGAGUGGUGGAGCACACUAAAGGACAAAAUUGUCGCUAAUGCAAAAAUAUCAAAGGCACUUGCUCUUCAGUCAACGAUGCCCAUGAAUUACUACACGGUGUUUCACCACGUCUCCCAGCUGCUGCCACGUGACUGCAUCAUCGUCAGCGAGGGGGCAAACACCAUGGACAUAGGACGCACCAUGAUAAACAACUACCUACCUCGACACAGGUUGGAUGCUGGCACCUUUGGAACAAUGGGAGUGGGCCUUGGAUUUGCGAUAGCCGCAGCUGCUUUGGAGAGGAGCGAGAAAAAAGGCACAAGGAUUGUCUGUGUGGAAGGAGACAGCGCUUUUGGAUUUUCUGGCAUGGAGGUUGAAACCAUGUGCAGGUAUAACCUACCCGUGGUUAUUAUUGUGGUUAAUAAUAAUGGCAUAUACAGCGGAGUGGAUCCUGAAACAUGGAAAGAAAUGGCAAAAAUGGGAGAUCUGACCUCUAUAGCCCCUCCUGUGACCCUCUUACCUGAGGCACGUUAUGAUGAGAUCAUGACAGCGUUUGGGGGUCGAGGCUUCCUGGUGAGGACGGUGCAGGAGCUGCGCAGUGCCUUGCACGUCAGUCUGAAUGACUGGGAGCGGCCGAGUCUACUCAACGUGCUGAUUGACCCUUCCUCUGACAGAAAACAGCAGGAGUUUCCGUGGCUCACACGCGCAAACCUAUAGACUUGAAGAGUGAUCGACCUCCUGCUUCCUUCAGAACACAAAACAGCGGUGAUAUCUCAAACUGGGAAAACAUGGUUUUUGUGAUUGUUUCUAUGGAAUAACAGAUUAUUUUUAUUGAUUCUGAUGACACUGAAUAAUGUUAAAAUGAGUUAAUACCUAAAUAAAUAGUUUUUACACAGUA